UCGACCGCACCUUCGCCAUCUCCGUCGGCCUGAUGAGCCCGAUGGGCGCCAUGGUCACCGAUACGACGCCCGGCGGGCCCGCGUCCCAGGCCGGGCUGCGCGCCGGCGACAUCGUCGUUUCCGUCAACGGCGUAUCGAUGGCGAACGGCGCUCAGCUCCGCCAGUACAUCGCCCAGAAUUCUCCAGGCAGCCAGGCGAUGGUGGAAGCCUGGCGCUUCGUCCCCGACCAGAGCGACUACGUGACGACGCUGCGGCGCAUGGGCGAACAGGGCAACGCGGCCAUCAUGGCGAUGCUCGGCUCCAUGUACGCCAACGCCAAGGGCGUACCGCGGGACGAACAGGAAGCCGCGCGCUGGUAUCGCGCCGGCGCCAACGCCGGCCACGCCGUCUCCAUGAUCGAAUUGGCGGCCAUGACGCUCGAGGGGCGUGGCACCGAGCGCAACGCCCAGGAGGCCGUCCGCCUCUACCGCAGCGCAGCCGACACCGGCAACUACUUCGCCAUGUGGCGCUACGGGCUGAUCCUGCUCGAGGGCAAGAUCAUUUCGCGCGAUACGGGCCAGGCCGCGCAACUCUUCCAGCGCGGCGUCGACGGCGGCUUCUCGCCCGCCAUGUACGAACUCGCCGUCAUGCACGCCAACGGCGUCGGCAUGCCGCGCAACUACCAGGAGGCCGCGCGCCUCUAUCAGAAGGCGGUCGACCUCAACAAUUCGGCCGCGAUGGUGAACCUCGGUCUCCUCUACAGCGAGGGCAAGGGCGUCGAACUCAACGAGUACAAGGCGGUCGAGCUCUAUCGCCGCUCCCUCCUGGCCAGUGCCGCCCGAGCGACCGUCGGCGCGCGCUCGGGCCAGGAGGAUGCCUAUCGUGUAUGGCCCGGCGAAGGGGCCCUGCAGCCGGUGGGAGAUGCCGGGCUGCUCGCCGUCCUGGCCGACGGCAUGGGCGGACACCGGGGCGGUGCCGUGGCCGGCCAGACGGCGUGCGCCUCGUUCGCCGAGAAUUUCACGGCCGGCGCGCUGCCCUUCGAUCAGCGCUUCUCGGUGGCCCUCGAGGCCUGCAACGACGCGCUCGCGGAAGGCGUCGAGCGCAACCCGGCCCUCAAGGGCAUGGGAUGCACGCUGAUCGGGGCCUGGUUCGACGACACCGGAAUCCGCUGGACCAGCGUCGGCGACAGCCUGCUGCUGCUCUAUCGCUUCCCCGACGUCAUACGCCUCAACGAAGACCAUUCGCUCGGCUCCUAUCUCGACGAGCAGGCGCGGCGCAACGAGAUCACGCUGGAGGAAGCGCGCGGCAACCGGCAUCGCAAUGCGCUGCGGUCGGCGCUGACGGGCUCCAAGAUCGACCUGAUCGACCUGCGUGCGGAGUCGCUGCCGCUCAUCGCCGGCGACUGGAUCAUCCUCGCCAGCGACGGCCUGAGUUCGCUCGACGGGGACGAACUCGCCGACAUCAUGUACCGCUUCCGCGAGGGGACGCCCGAGCAGAUGGCGGAAGGCCUGAUCGCGGCGGUCGAAGCCAAGGGCGUGCCCGAGCAGGACAACACCACCGUGGUCGCCGUCCGGGUGGAAGGCGCCAGCGAGACGGUGCGGGCCCGGCCGCAGGCGGCCACCGACGGCGAAGAUGUCACGCUGCGCACGCGCCGCAUCGGCGUCGUCUCGGGCCGCAAGAUGGUGACACAGGGGAAGAAAUCCCAGCCCCCGCCGCGUCCGCGCUCCACGCUCGAAACUCUCCUGACCAAAGGGCCCAUCGCGCUGCUGCUGGCCGCCGGCGCGGCCUUCGUCCUGGCCGCCGCGAUCUUCCUGUUCAAGGCUUCCCGCACGCUCGGACCGGAACCGCAGGUCGCCCCUCCCGGGCCGACCCGGACGGAGCCCAGCCGUCCCGAGCCGAUGCGGCAGAUCCAGUCCCCCGAGCAGCGCGAGCCGCCCACCCGCGUUGUCGAUCCGGACCCGCCGCCGCCACCUCCGCCCCAGGCCGCACCGCCACUGCAGCCGCCCGCCGCCCCGACGCCCGCGCCAGCCCCCAAGACCGGCCCCGGGCCCUCGACCGGGCCUGACGCGCCGCCGGCCACGCGCUCGGCGCCGCCGCGUCCGACCAAGUCUCAGACCCAAACACAGACCCCGGGUGAAACGGGCGAUCCCGAUCUCGAACCGCAGCGGGACCCCGGUCCGCCGGUGCCGCAGGAGGGCGGGUCGCCGCCGCGCGGGGCGAAGAAAGUCGAGCGCGCCACCCCGGCGCCCCCGCCGAACGGGCGCAAAGACAAGAAGGACACACGGCCUUCGCAGUAGCGGCCGCCUGUUUCCCAGGAAACUGCGUCAGGAUCUUCGAGUGCGUUGGAUGUGCCAGCCCAUGCGUACCCGUGUUGCCAAGCCGAUGGAUCAGCAUCUUCGAGAGGGCAGGCCGCCCAUGACGUUGCCGUUGUCGCCCCUUGUUCCAAGGUCGCCGCGCCGCCUCGUUGCCCUAGGGCUGGCGCUGGGCUUGAUUGGCCAAGCCGCGCCCGUUCUGGCCGGCGGCUCGGAUAUCGUACGCAUCCUGCGGCCCGACGGCGUCCCGGUGCGCAACGAGCCGACCCCGGCCCGCGAAGACGUGCCGAUCGGCCCGAAGCAGGCUCCCGGCAAGACGCCCGAACCGCCGCGGCCGCCGGCCGUCGCCGGAAAG